AAAACUGCAUAAUUGAUGAAGGGCCGGCGCAACGCGGGGUGCGCUGGGAGCGUCUCGGGGGGUGGAGGCCAGGGCGGUCGGGCCCCUCCCACUCCGCUUUUUCUCGCGUGUCCUGUCCCCGGCACUGGCAGUGGGCGCCCGGUAACCAGCAAGUGUGCGCGCAGGGACCAACGGAGACGGAUCGCAGCAAGCCGAGGGCGCAACAGCGACCUCCAGGACCAACCCGCCCGCGCCAUGCGCUCGCCCACUGGCCUGAGGGCGCUUGUGGCGCCGGGCUGUCCGCUCCUGCUUCUGUGCCUUCUGGCGGCGACGCGCCUGGAUCGGGCAGAAGGCGAUCCCGCAGAUUCAUCUUUUACAAGUCUACCUCUUCGAGAAGAAAUGAUGGCGAAAUACUCAAACCUUUCCUUGGAGAGCCAUAAUAUAUCAUGGACAGAACAGUCCAGCGCCCCAGUAGAAAAAAACAUUACUUUGGAAAGGCCUUCUGACCUGGAACUCAUAUGCCAGUUCACGACAUCUGGGGAUUUGAAUUCAGUGAAUGUGACUUGGAAAAAAGAUGAUGUAUUUCUUGAGAAUUUUGAUGUUUUCAACACAACUAAAGUGGGAAACACCUUGUACAGUCAGUACAGGUUCAUCAUUUUUAAUAGCAAACAAAUGGGAAAUUAUUCUUGUUUCUUGAAUGGAGAAGAGGAGCUCAGAGGAACAUUUAAUAUCAGAGUACCCAGCGUUCAUGGAAAAAACAAGCCAUUGAUCACUUAUGUGGGGGAUUCUACUGUCCUGAAGUGUGAAUGUCAAGAUGGUCUUCCUUUAAAUUGGACUUGGUACAUGAGUAAUGGAAGUGUACAGGUUCCUAUUGAUGUUUACAAGAAUGAUAAGUAUGUUAUAAAUGGAUCCUAUGCUAAUGAAACACGACUCAAGGUAAAGCAUCUCUUGGAGGAAGAUGGAGGCUCCUACUGGUGCCGGGCAGUCUUCCAGUUGGGUGAGAGUGAAGAACACAUUGAGCUGGUGGUGCUCAGCUUCAUGGUGCCCCUCAAGCCGUUUCUCGCCAUCAUUGCGGAAGUUAUUCUCUUAGUGGCUAUCAUUCUGCUUUGUGAAGUGUACACACAGAAAAAAAAGAAUGACCCAGAUGAUGGGAAAGAAUUUGAACAAAUUGAACAGCUGAAAUCGGAUGAUAGCAAUGGUAUAGAAAACAAUGCCCCCAGGCUCAGAAAAAAUGAGUCUGUGGAACAGUGAAUAAAACAGAACGUUUCACCUUGAGAAGAUGUACAGAGAGUUUGUAUUUCUGCUUCCUUUCAAGACCGUGUGAAUUCUAGAUUUUUAAAAGACAAAAAUUUCCUGUACAUGCACAACACAGUGGUAGCUUUUUAACCCAUAUAGGCCCUCUCCUACCUAAAGAUGUAUUUUCAUUUUGUAAUUGCUUUUCAUUAAAGCGAGGUAAAUUGUUUCAGA